CAAAAGGAGUCGACCUGUAGCUGAUACAGUACAUACCUGGGAGAAAGAGGGAGAGAGUUGCAAGCCAGAGACAAUUAAACGUCUUGACCGCAAGCCAAUUUAGGGCACGGGCUGUGUUACUGAUCCUCAAGAGGCUGACACUCGGGUACCUGAGUCGAUGGGAUCAGCUUGAGGCAGCGAAUCAGGUAAGAGAAUAUAUGGAGUGAACCAAUCACGUGAGAGCUGGCUCCUCAGCAGGCAGCUAUAUAAAGACCCAUCCUCAACCAGCCACUUCAGUUGUCCUUUGAGCCUGCAAACGUAAACAUGUUGACCAACAACGAUCUAAUGGAGCAGUUCUACUUUCCCGACGAAGCCCCAGCGAUUCCCGAGUUCCUCGGCAACGAUACCUUCCAGCAGUUGGAGCAGCUCAUGUACCAGCAGGAGUUCAGCACCAGCGACAGCCAGUCGGACGGAGCGAACAGUUGCUCCUUGGAGAUGUAUUACGAUACGCCGUCUGUCCUGGAACUGGAGCACAUGCUGAGUGCCCAGGAGCAACAGCAGCAGCAUCAGGCGAAUCCCUUGGGAAAGAGUCAAGGCAGAAGCCCGAGAUACUGGAACAAGCAGCAGAGGAGCAAGCCAUACGACAAGCUGUCCACCUCCAUGUCAUCAUCUGCAUCCUCCGCCUCAUCGAGCAGUUCGUCCGCGGGAUUCGGAGGCGAAGUCCUUAAAAAGCGGCGACUGGCUGCCAAUGCUCGGGAACGGAGGCGGAUGAACAGCCUGAACGAUGCCUUCGACAAGUUGAGGGACGUGGUCCCGUCUCUUGGCCACGACCGGCGACUGUCCAAAUACGAAACCCUCCAAAUGGCGCAGGCAUACAUCGGGGAUCUGGUCACGUUGCUGUCCAGAGACUACUAG